AUGACAAUUCUGGAGAAGCAGGACCAUCGACCAGUACAACUUCGCCAGCAGCUAGAGAAGAAAUUGUUACUUUAUGGUUCGAGUUUCCAGAAGAAACAACAGGAACCACAGCCAAAGUUAAAUGUCGACCUCACGUGCAAAGCAAGCCAAAUACUUUGUCUUCAAACUGGGACAAACUUUAAUAACGAACCUUCGAAUUCACAGAGUUUGCCUGCUCACUUUGCAGAUAUUGAAAAAACCACAGUGAUUCCAAGGUCUCAUUAUUUGAUUCUGACUGAAACGUGGAUGCGUGACAAUUGUGAUCCAAUUUCAAUUGAAAAUUUUGAAUGUGUAACCCGGCAGAAUAAUCGAUCAGAUUCUGAAACAAAUGCAGCAGGUGGAGUGGCAAUUUAUAGAAACUUAUCAUCGACAUCCACAGCCAAAAUUCUCAACGUUGAACUUUCGGAUACAACCCGCCUUAUUAGAAACACUGGUGACGUUUGCUUAGCAGAAGUUACAUGCUUCACCACUGAUACCACGUUCAAAAUGGUUCUUGGCGCAGUUUAUAUUCAUCCUGGAGCAAGUAUUUCUAACAUCAGUGUUCUGCUACAUCAAGCACUAUUUCCGUAUGUUUAUAACAGCCAGUAUGUACAUCCCGUCAUGGAAGUUGAUACCGAUAUACCAAUUCUUCUUUGUGGCGACUUCAACACAAAUGUGAAAAAUGACGAAACAUUCAUCAAAUUCAUGAAAGACAUGUUUAAUGUCGAUUGUGCAUCAGACGUUAAUAACUCAACAACACUAGGAGGCACCACCAUCGAUUUGACUUUUUCAAGACACAUUAAAGUCGAAACCCUUUAA